AUUACAUUCUACCAACAGCACCAGGACAAUUAGUCCAGCCAUCACACCAGUCACAUACUGAGCCUGACUCUAGUCCCACUGUAAUACAACUCAGUUCAAAGGAAGUAGUUGCUCGCAAUAUUGAAUUACUACAUCAGCAGUUUAUUCGUCUUGUAACUGAAAUAAGAAAACAUUUUAAUAAACUUGUGUCCAACAAGAAAUUAGAAGCAGACGAGGUUGCAUUUCAUGCAGAAACAUAUUUGGAGCAAGAUUUAAAGUUAUCAGAAAUCAACAUGCAAUCUAUAUUUACUGCCAUUAGACCUCAUUAUGACUUUUUAAAUUUUGGAUUGCUCAAAAGUUUAGUACGUCAUUUUAUCACCUUAUCAGAUGAUAUUCAUACCAAACUAAUUCAAUACAUUGAUAGUGUUGAUAAAUUCUCAGAAUUAUCACAGUUGAAGCACAUACGAUCAACAAUCAAAGAGAAAUUGUCAUCAUCACCAGCAGUAGCCUCGCCAACCAUUAGCAAUCAAACAAAACCAGUCGUUAUUAAACUCAAUGGCAUAUGGGAUGAAAUGACUCUAACUAAAUUUAAAAGAGUACUUGAAUAUUACUUUGGGCAUAAAGUAGCAGAUAUUUCUACUAUAGUGGACAUUCAUAUUGGUUCAGUUGUUAUUACACUGUUAAUACCAACCUCACUAUCACAGUCUCUUAUUGAUGCUAUCAAUAACAAAACAAACUCAAUGAGUAGAUUAGGAAUAUUGGAAGUUUCUGUUGACAAUAAAGUGAUUCCUAUCAAAAGAAAUGACGAUAACAAUUUUGACAUUUCACUCCAUGAAUCAGUUAAAGCUGGUGAUAGUUUUGAAGUAUCAAUGCUACUGCAGUUAGGAGCUGAUCCUAACAGUAAAGAUGAGAGAGGAAAGAGUGCAGUAGAGAUAGCUAAUGAAGGAGGACACACUCAAAUAAAAGAAAUACUAUUAACUGGUGGAGGAGAAGAGACUAGAGAGGUGAAGUGGACCAGUUUUGACGUAUCCCUCACUAAACCAUCAGCAAGUCAAUGUCAGGAAGUGAUCAGUCAAUUAACAGACAGUCAUCCGUACAUUCACCUCUAUCACUCAUUGUGAUAAUAUGAUUGGUAUUAUUCUUAUUCUCUGUACGAUUAUUA